CCAAUUUCGCCCAGUCUUUGGAACUUCGCAUCACCAAACACCCAAAGAACGGCACCGCACAACGUCGUCAAGAUGGUCAACAUUCCCAAGACCCGCAACACCUACUGCAAGGGCAAGGAUUGCCGCAAGCACACCCAGCACAAGGUCACUCAGUACAAGGCCGGCAAGGCUUCGCUGUUUGCCCAGGGUAAGCGACGUUACGACCGCAAGCAGUCGGGUUAUGGUGGUCAGACCAAGCCCGUCUUCCACAAGAAGGCCAAGACUACCAAGAAGGUCGUGUUGCGAUUGGAGUGCGUCAAGUGCAAGACCAAGCUCCAGCUGUCGCUGAAGCGAUGCAAGCACUUCGAGCUCGGUGGUGACAAGAAGACGAAGGGUGCGGCUCUGGUGUUCUAA